ACCUACACAAAAUAGAAUUCUCUCUCCCUGUUUAUGAUCCUUCCUUUUCCAGUAGCCUCCGACUAUCACACUUCUCCGUUGAAAAUCCCGCCCGCAGACUCCCACCAGGCACCUGCAAAAAUGUAGCACUACAUUAAAAAAAAAUAUACCACUGCACUUAUACAUUGUACCACUGCACUGAUAUUUUUCCUACUGCAAUUUAAACUCAUAUAUGCGAUUUGUCCCAGUGCACUGAUAGCGCUACCAGUACAAUGGUAUCGCUACCAGUGCACUGAUUACCAAUGCACUGGUACAAAUAUCAUAUCUGAGUUCAAGUGCAGUGGUACAAAAAUCAGAACCGAAAAUCAAAAAGUAGAUAUGGAAAUUGAUAACUCACCGAGAGAGGAGCGUGGGGAGGAGGGCGGCACGACGGGGGAUGUGGCAGCGACUCCUGAUGCGUGGAGGAAGAGGGCGGAGAGAGGUGAUGGCGGCGGCGGGAGGAAGAGGAAGCUGACAAAGAAGAAGAUGGUGGGGGAUAGUGGUGGCGGCAUGAAGAAAGAGGCUGGAGAAAUGGUGGUGAUGGCGGCGGCAGGAGGAAAAGGAAGGUGAAGAAGAAUGGAUAAAUAUUUAUUAUAGGGAGAGGAGUCUCUCAUAUUUAUUAUAGGGAACUUUCCCAAGUUAGAGAGAGGCUCAUAUUUAUUAUUAGGAACUUUCUCAAAUUACAAUAUUAAAAAAAUAAAAAAUAAGUCCCAUUAAUACUUGCCAAAUAAUUGAAAGAAAAAUGGAUCAAUAAGAAAGGGGGUGUCAAAAAUCAAACCCCUUUUAGGCUAGACAUGCUAUCUUACCUCCCACAUGGCCCUUAUGAUUGGCUUGAAUAAUAUUAAUUAUUAUUAGAAUUUUUUUAUUUAUCCCUUUAACUCGACUAGUUACCAUUUAAUAUAAGUCAGGGACGAAUCCAGGAUUUUCGAUGUCGGGGUGGCAAAAAUAAAAAAAUUGCACUUAUUCUCUUGUUUUAUUAGGUAGAGUAGUAAAAUUAUAUUCAAGUU